CACAGAGCCAAGCCCGAUUAUUAGAUUUGGCGAACCCUCUCUCACCCUCAUAUUUUAUUUGAUUUAAUUCAACACAGCUAAAACCGCCUUACACUCUUCAUUCCAUCGUAGCCUAAUCCCUAAUGGGUGGACCAUCGUCGACCAUCGAGGUUCCCGAUAGAAGACUCCGUUCACGGAUCGAAAUAAACUCUGACAGUUCCGGCGAAUACCGCCGCCGUCAUCGCCGCAGCCCUAGCUAUGACAGCUAUGAUCGCCACGAUCGACGUCGUGACCGUUCUGGGUCUCCUGCUUAUGCAAACCGUAGACGAAGCCCUAGGUCUAAUGGAGGUUCAGAUGCUUUGCCUAAAAAGUUCGGGCGCGGCGGGGACCAUAGAGGCAGAGACUUACCGUACCGCAAUGGGAGACAAUCAGAGUCUGAAGAUUCGGAUGAGGAGCUGAAGGGGCUGAACUAUGAGGAGUAUAGGAGGCUUAAGAGGCAGAAGAUGAGGAAGAUGUUGAAGAAUUGCAUUUGGAAUGUCACACCUAGCCCUCCCCGGAACGAGAACGAGGAUUCGGAAUUGGAGGACAAGGCUGAUGAAAUUUUGGGCAAGCAUCCUGGGGAGAAGAGCGAUUCGGGCGAGAAGGAGAGACCGAAGUCUGAUUCUGAGCCCAAGUCUGUGUCGGGAUCUGACGAUUCGCGAUCGAAGAAAAGGAGGAAGAGUUCGGGUUCGAAACGUAGAAGUAAAAAAUCAUCUUAUAGUGGUAGCGAUAGCGAGAGCGAGAGCGAGAGUGAAUCGGAUGAGGAAGAAGGUGACAGACGGAGAAAGAAAUCGAGAAGUAAAAGGAGGAGGAGGCGUAAGAGUAGCAGGAGAAGUAGUAAAAGAAAAAGAAGCCGGAGGAAGAGUAGGCGUAGUAUUUCCGACGAGUGCGAAGGGGUUGAGAGCGAGGAUUCUGAUUCUGAAGGGAGUAGCUUUUCGGAUGAACACGUGAAGUCGAAAAAGGGUAAGAGCUCAUCUGGAUCUUCACGUUCUACGCGGAGUAAGAAGAAAAGCUCUGAUAUAGAGAGUGGGAGUUCCCAGCAUUCGGAGGAGAAUUUGGAUUCUGAAAUUGAUGCCAAUAGUAAAGCAAAGGUGGAAGAGUUGAACGAAGAAACAGAUUUGGAGGCCCUGAAAUUCAAGGAAUUGAUUGAAGCCCAGAAGAAGCCUGCUGCAUUGGAUAACGAACCUAUGGUUGGGCCGGCGCCAUUGCCCAGAGCUGAAGGGCAUAUAAGCUAUGGUGGUGCGCUUAGACCUGGUGAAGGAGAUGCCAUUGCUCAGUAUGUUCAGCAAGGGAAGCGUAUUCCCCGUAGAGGUGAAGUGGGUCUUUCUGCUGAGGAGAUUCAGAAGUUUGAGAGUCUUGGGUAUGUGAUGAGUGGAAGCAGGCACCAGAGAAUGAAUGCCAUUCGUAUAAGAAAAGAAAAUCAAGUUUAUAGUGCUGAGGAUAAACGAGCCCUGGCUAUGUUUAACUACGAGGAGAAGGCAAAGCGUGAACACAAAGUCAUGGCUGAUUUGCAGCGGUUAGUUCAGCGCCACAUUGGACAGGACGUCGGUCCUACCCACGAUCCUUUUGGUGUGAAGCCCUCCGAAGCUUCUGACGAUUGACCUCAUCAUGUUAUUGUUAUCUAAACUGGUUAUAUGAGUACUGGAAAUAUUUCGAAGAAAAGUUUCUAAGCCAGAUUUCCUGUAUGAAUAAUGCUUGGAAACAAAUAUUGGGGAACUGUGUCGCAUCUCAUCAACAUACUUGGGGCAAAUUAACGGCUGAAUAAGUCGAAUCGAAGGGAUUAGUUCUACUGAGAUGUGAUUAAUUUGCCUAGAAUAAGAUGAUGUUUCAUAUUUACUUUAAAAUAAUGAUGGUAUCUUAAGUAGUAUAUCAUUUAUUAAUAUUUGCUCGACAUAAUUUUUAUUUUUUAUUUAUGAGAGGAUUUGUAAUUGUAUCCAUGGGGAUAUCUCGUCAUUUUAGACCCUCCUAUUGGGUCUUAAAGUUGCGAGGUAUUUUUUAAAAGUUGUAUUUAAUACCUAAAUAAUUUUUUCAAACGUUAAAAAUA